AUGUCCAAGCGGGUCCGCCAGGAGGCGCUGUUGACGCUGGAUUCGGAGAGACCGUUCCCCGGGAUGGAUCGGGUGAUGGAGAGUUGCCCGUGGCCUGUGGCACACCUCGACCCGUGGCACCCAGGGCACAACAGCAGCCACGCGGCUGUCAUUGGCAGAGGGCAGGCUCUGCGCUUGGAGCACUCCGCAACUUUUCAUUCCUUGCUGAUUCAGGAAGGAGGGAUCCUAGUGUUUGCAGAUGACCCAGAGCAGCCCAUCACCUUAAGAGCUCGCAGCAUCCUUCUGGAGGAUGGCGGGGCGCUGUAUGUCGGCUCCCAGGAUUGCCCGUACCGCUCUAAGGCUGUCAUUUCUCUGUAUGGGAAAGCCACAGAAGGAGCCGACAUGGCAGGCUAUGGCAAAAAGUUCCUGGGCGUGGGCAGAGGCGGCAUCCUGGAGUUGCAUGGCAGAAAGCCUCGGUCCUGGACGCUUCUGGCAAAAACCCUGCACCCAGGCGGGCUCCGGUAUGGACGGUACACCUCUGAGAAGCGCUGGAGCAGCCGUGGCCUCAAUAUUCGAAUCGUGGAUGCUGGCAAUGCCCAAGUGGUGGCUACUGAUCGCUUUGACACCCACCUCCUUGUAGACGAAAGCCGGCGAUUGAGGGAAUUCCUUGCCCGUCAGCCCCUGGGCAGCGUGGUGGCCGUGGCGGUGGGGGAUUCCGCAGCUAAGAGUUUAACCCUGGAGACCCGACACUUUCUCAAGAACGUGCUACACAGCAAAUUCAUCCUGCAUCUGCAAUACAGACAGCCCUGGGCUCUGGUUGGUGUCCUUGGAGGUGACACAUCUUCUACCGCAGAAGACACCGAGCCAUCUCCAGGGAAUGGAACGACAAGGCUGGCCACAGCAAUGAAAGACUGUAAGACCUACGAUGGCGUCAGCUUUAGAAUCACUGCUUACAGCGGCUGGAUCAAAGGAGUGCCCCAUCAUGGAUUUAAAGUGGAAGUAUCUGAAGGCAUAGUUUUGGAUUUGGUGGAUGAAGUGACGAGUUGGCUACCCGGAGAUGAAGUUGUAGUUGCCAGCACUGACUACUCCAUGCAUCAAGCCGAAGAGUUUCGCUUGCUCCCUUGCCCCGAAUGUCAGAGUAACCAAGUGAAGAUUGACGGUAAUCCACUUUACCUUCAUAUGGGUGAGAUUGUCGACGGUGUAGACAUGAGAGCGGAGGUUGGCCUGUUGACCAGAAAUAUACUGAUCCAAGGAGAAAUGGAGGAUUCUUGUUAUGGGCCAAACUACUGCCAGUUUUUCAGCUUUGAUACAUUUGGAGGGCAGAUUAAAAUCCAAAAGAAUUUCACUUCUGUCCACAUGGCGGGGGUGGAGUUGAAAAACAUGGGCCAGCAAAUCCUGGGCAGCUACCCCGUGCAUUUCCAUCUGACUGGAGAUGUGGAUGAGAGAGGAGGCUAUCAGCCGCCGUCUUACCUGGACAACCUGGCGAUCCAUCACUGCUUCUCGAGGUGUGUUGCCAUCCAUGGAGCCAAUGGCCUUUUGGUGAAAGAUACUGUUGGCUACGACACCCUGGGGCACUGUUUUUUCCUUGAGGACGGGACGGAGCAGCGGAACACGUUUCGUCACAACCUGGGACUCCUCACCAAGGCAGGCACCAUCUUGCCGACGGACCGCAAUGAAGCCAUGUGUCUUGCCAUGCGCGAGAACGUCUACAGGGGCUAUGUCCCCAUACCCAGCACGGACUGCAUGGCUGUCAGCUCCUUCUGGAUUGCUAACCCCAAUAAUAAUCUGAUAGAGAAUGCAGCUGCCGGUGCUCAGGAUGUUGGAAUAUGGUAUAUCUUCCACCGGGUUCCCACUGGACAGUCUAGGGGACAGUAUCCAGCUGGGCAGUCUGAACUGACUCCUCUGGGCACAUUUUACAACAACAGAGUUCAUUCCAACUUUAAGGCCGGCUUGUUUAUUGGGAAAGGAGUCAAGCCGUCGAAAGCCAGCGCUGAAAAUCCCCGAGAAUAUCUGACGGUGGAUCAUGCCAGGUUCCGCCCGCACCAGGACGCUGACCCCGGAAAGCCACGGGUUCCUGCUGUAAUUGAUGGCCUGGUUGCUUUCAAAAACAACGACCACGGAGCCUGGGCCAGGGGCGGGGAUAUUGUCUUCCGCAACUGCGGUUUUGCAGACAACGGGAUUGGACUCACUCUAGCUAGUGAUGGAACUUUCCCCAUCGAUGAGGGCUGCAGCCUGGAAGUGACUCAUUCCAUCUUUGUGGGUGAAAGCAACAAUCUUGGUUCCCAAGGAGGACAGAACAGCUACUGGGGGAGAGGAGCCAAUGGAGAAUACAGGACACUGCCCAGAAACAAGAGUUUUCCGAUCCGGGGCUUCCAGAUCUAUGACGGUCCUGUCCGGCUGACGAAAUGCACUUUUCGAAAGUUCACCCCCACCGCCGACAGGCACGUGAGCGCCAUUGGCUUCUUCAUGAAGAACGCUUGGCAGAUAAGCCCUCAGAACAACGUGUCGCUGGUCAGAAUGGAGAGAAGUGUUGGGCUGAAGGUGUUUUUGGGCCUGCCAGGCCAGUGGUUUGGAGACAACAAUUAUGACGGCGACAAAGCCUCUAUCUUCCAUGAUUUGGAUGGUUCCGUGACGGGGUAUCCAGACACCUUUGUCGGCAGGGCAGACAACUAUCUGAUUCGGCAUCCUGGCUGCCUUAUCAUCCCGAGGUGGAAUGGAAUGAUAUGCGCUGGGAAAUAUGCACAGCUCUAUAUUCAAGCCAGGCGUCCUGAGAAUCUGACCUUAUCAAUUGCCAGAGCCGCGUACCAUUCUCAUCCUCUGAGGCUCCAGGGAGUGAACCGAGGGGUAUCGUACCAGCAGUACCAGCCAGUGGUGAUGCUGGAGCAGGCCUACACUGUCCAGUGGGAUGGCAGAGCACCCGAAGACGUCAUCCUUUAUCCAGUCAACUUCAAUAGGGGAGACUGGAUGCAUAUUGCCUUGUGCUACCCGAAGGGAACGGUGUUCACGGUUGUGGGAGACAUUUACCAGCGGCAGACGGGGAAAGCGCACAGCGUAACGCGCUAUGUGGCAGCCGCUUCCUACCACAGCGUGUUGAGCAGGAUGGAUGAACGGCUCUUUUAUUUCGACAAUGCCUCAGGGUAUCUCUUUCUCCACCUCCAAGCACGCGAAGUUCGGAAGGGACAUAGCUACUGCUCUCAACGUGGCUGCGAACGCCUUAAAAUAACAGCCCUGAUGUCCUCUGGACUCCCCUGGAGUUGCGGCUUGAAUCCUUUUUCGGAAAAAGACGCUGGAUGGAAAACUUCCCGGCCCCCGGCGAUUCAACGGCGGGCUGUGCCUUGCAGUCAGUGUGGUGCUCCUUGGGUUGCCGUCACUAGUACGCCAUCAGUUAGAUACGUCCGGAUCCAGAUUCAGUCUGUAAGGAGAGCAGAUGUGGAGAACUACUCAAGAUUGGCUUUCAUUAAGGUCAACGAGGAUAUCUUCUUGUUCCACCAACGGGGGAUACUCUUCCUGGUUCUAGAUGCGUGCUCGGGCGCGAUCGUGAGCAGGCGGCACUUUGAUGCCACCGCAAAGGUGGCCGGCGCGGUCGCCGGUUACAUUGAAACAGCCAUAAAAGAGAGAUCAAUUGUUCUCGUGUGCACUAGAGAUAUUGCAGGAGCAGCAGGAGUCCCCGAGAUAGCAGCAGUUACACAGUUAGGUUCUGCAAAGCCCAUUGCCUUCCACAGGAAAGGUAGCUUUGCUAUGCUUGGAUAUAAAGGAACCCCCAAACCUUCUUGGAUUAAAAUCCACAACCAAGCCGCUGAUCGAAAAUCCGCUUCUCUCCAAUAUUACGUGCCACUGAUGUUGCGAGAGUACCAGUGCUCAGCUUGAUGCACCAAAACGUUAAAACUGUGUUGGAACGACAGAGACAACUCCUCAACGGCCUUAAAACUCACACAACUGGAUCUGCUGGGUCCGUUGGCCUUCCUUGCAAGCAGACAGCAGUCCUCUGAUGUUCUUGUUUUUACAAGCUUUGACCAGGAAGUGCUU